AUGUCCGGUAAUCGUCUAUCCCGAUGCGGCAGGUAUAUACAUUUUAGGAAGAACUGCUUGUUCCGUUUAAUGCAAAAUGGAGGAUGUGGCGCGGCACUGAGCAAAAUAUUUAAACAUAUGGCAGCUGCAGCUACUGAAAUUACCAUAUGUCGUUCGACAAGGAGAAAUCUAAGAUACAUUUUACUAUGGCCAAAUAUUAAUGAGGAACUUGAACCCAGCAACUCUUACACUGGUAAAAUUGUGACAUACGUAUUGAUAACAGCAGCAUUCCCCUUGUGUGUGUUGAUCCAUGUUAUAACAACUAAGACAAGGAAUAUAGAUGUGCCAGUAGUAGAUAACAUUAGCGCAUUAGCUUCUCUAACUGGUACAUAUUAUAUGAGUUUUAUAUACACGAAAAAUCAAUCAAAAGUAGCAAGACUUCUCAAGGAAAUAAUCAAACAUUUGAAUCAAAUGAUUUGCGAAGCUAUCGAUAAUACCCAAUUCGAAAUUUCACAAAGUAGAUUAACUAAUUGCAUUUUGUACCACGUAGACAUAAUCAGGAUGGCCAAAGCACUCGAUGAAUGCUUUUCGAAUGCAAUGUUUACGCACACCUGCAUUACCGCAAUAAUUUGCGCUUGCAUUGAGAAACAAUUUGUAGAAGGUGAUCGUUUAUGUGCCAUACUACAUUUUUCUGGAUGGAUUCUUACUUUAACGUUUGCUUGUUGUUCUGGACAGAUUCUAAUAAACGCUAGUGAAUCAAUUUCUGAAUCCAUCUGGUCUUCAAAAUGGUACGAGGUGGAUGUUAGAUUGCAGAAAGAUAUUUUGUUUAUGUUAAGAAGAAGUCAAACUAUUUUCUUUCUUACCGCCGGACCUUUCAGUUCUCUCUCAUUUCCACUACUUGUUUCGGGAGUCUAG